AUAAGUAAAAAGAUUUUCUGCAUAAUCAUAAUUUAAUUGUCCUCUUAAAACGAUUAAAAUGGUUCAUAAUAAGCCUGAAUCAGAGUUAGGCGACCAUGAGAAUGGAUAUUCAACGGAAUCUUGUGAUGAGAAUAUUUCCAAUAAAAUUGGUUAUGGUUUAACAGAGUCGUGUAAUCAUGCAAUCAAAUCAUGCGAUAUAAAUAAAAUUCGAAAAUCAAUUAAGACAUCAGGGAUCUUGAGAAAUUGUCCUCAAUGUGAUAAUAACAUUACAACUAAUGUAGACAACGAGCUCGAAGUUGCUAUGGAAUAUGACGAAUCAUUAUGGAUUUGCCUGAAAUGCGGUGCUCAACUAUGUGGCCGAAUGAAGAAUAAACAUGCAUUGGCACAUAACCAGAAGACACAUUCUGAUGAACACAAUUUGGCUGUAAACUCCACGUAUUGGGCUGUAUGGUGCUACAAAUGCGACUCAGCUGUAAAUCCAAGUUCAAAGAAAAAGUUACAAGAAUGCAUUGAUUAUAUUAGGAAAGAAGCCAAAAGGAAUGUCAUUGAACAAAAAGGAGAAAAAGAAGAUACAGUUUCCGAUAAUUCUAUUAUUCUUGAAACUCAUUCUUCGAUACUUGCUAAAGAAAAUUCGUCAAACAAAACAUGUGUCAAUGUUGAUACUUUACCGAGAGUGCGUGGUUUGUCAAAUUUAGGAAACACGUGUUUUUUCAACGCAGUGCUGCAAUGUUUAUCUCAAACACCUUUUCUGUUAGAAAUAUUGAAAGAAUCUAGUGAGCCAGGAGAAAAGUUUCAAUUACCAGGAGGAAAAAUGAAAAUGGAAAAUGGAGAAGAAGUAUUUUUAAAGCCUAUUAAUGGUGAGCUAAAUUCUUGGGGGAAUCUAACCGCAGAGUUAGCAGACACAUUGGAGCAAUUACAAUCUGGCAAAAAUUGUGGGGUUUUUACACCAAAUAAAUUGUUAAAACAACUAACAACUAAGUGGCCUCAAUUCGCUGGAGGAGACCAACAUGACUCGCAUGAGCUUUUGCGUCAUUUACUUGAGAGUGUUAGAUGUGAAGAUUUGCGUCGUUAUCAGUCCGUUAUACUAAAAUUACUUGGAUAUAGUAGUAAAUCUGAUCCUCAAACGGUUGAAGAAGGUACAAAACAAAAAAUUAAAUUCUAUGGUCAGCAGGUAUCCGAUCGAAUUUUGCGCCCAGAACAAAUAUUUCGUGGAUUUUUGGUGUCUACGUUGACAUGUCAAGAUUGUUUUCAUACUUCAUCUAGACAUGAGUAUUUCCUUGACAUAUCACUUCCAAUCACUAUUGAAAAGCCACAUCCACCACGCAGAAAACCUAGUCCAGAGCCGGUUGUCAGUAAGCACCAGACAAAAAAAGAAAAAGAAAGAGAAAGAAGAGCUAAACGUAACUUGAAAAAGCAAGCUGAAAAAGAAAAUUUACAAUUGAAAAGCCAGACUUCCUCAUCAUCAGGAGAACAAACUGACGGAGAUAUCGAAGAUAAUUUACUAGAUGACACUCAAGCCAAGCCUAUUCAAAAUUCAGACAUAUACAAUUCAGAAACAAUGUGUGAUAAUAAUGGUAAUGCUGAAAACAGUUCGGACAUAGUGUCUACUUUGAAUGAUAAAUCAUCAAAUAGUGUCAAAAAUGAAAUUAUAGAGCUUGGCAUUAGUUCAACGGGAGUUAAUAAUUUAAUUAAACAAUCUUCGAAAACUGAUACAGCACUAUGUGAACCAAUGCAAAACUUAGACUUGGUCGAUGAUGUUAAAUCUAGGCAAAAGAAAACUAAACGCAUUCGUACAUAUAGUUCUGCGGAUUGGAGCACAACUCUUGCACCUCGUUAUCAAUGCGAAGAUGGAGAAUGCUCAGUGCAAUCCUGUCUUAACAACUUUACUUGGGUUGAAUUAAUGACCGGAAACAACAAGGUAACAUGUGACAACUGCUCUGAGAUUAUCAAUGGGAAGGGAGGAAAACCCGUUCAUACAAACGCCACAAAGCAGUUAUUGAUUUCCAGUCCACCAGCUGUUUUAAUAUUGCAUUUAAAACGAUUUCAAGUUGGACCACGUGCAAUGUUCAGAAAAAUAACAAAACAUGUAGCUUUUCCAUUUGUUCUUGACAUUGCUCCAUUUUGUGGAUCAAAGGUUAAAAAAUUUGCCAACUUAAGACCUCAUCAAAAAAAUCUACCAUAUUCUUUGUAUGGAAUCGUUGAGCAUUCAGGUACUAUGCAUGGUGGACAUUAUGUUGCGUAUGUAAAGAUUAGACCAAAGAUUGCAUCAAGUGAUCGACGAUGGAAAUUUCUGCCAACUGGUACAAAAGCUGAGCUAGAUCAAUCAGAUGAGCUGAAACUACGUUUGGAAAAGUCAAUAAAACGUGCUAGAGAAUUUGCUGAAGCAAAUGAAUCUAGUUCUUCUUCUGAGGAUGGAGCAAUGGGAGGAGAAAAUGAAGCACUACCUGAUCCUUUGCCAGGAAAAUGGUAUUACGUAUCGGAUAGUAGGGUGCAAGGUGUUUCAGAGAAGGAAGUUUUAAAUGCUCAGGCUUAUUUACUUUUUUAUGAAAGAAUAGAUAUUGAUUAUGUUGAUAAUGAUGACUAAAACAAUGUGCGAUCUUAUUAAAAUAAAAAACAACAACAAAAUUAAAAAAAGAAAUCAUAGGUACAUAAUAUUUAAUAUUAUGCUUGCAUCGUGACUAAAUUCGGAUCUAUAUUACUUACAAUUUUGAGUUAAUCUUAUUCAUUAAAAUAUUUCGUUUAAAUACUUUUUUUAUGUACACAUUUUUAAUUUUUU